AUGAACAGCAGUGUGUGCGUUUGUGUGAUCCUGGCGGCUCUUUCUGUCUCUUGUCUGGGUCGGCCCCGCUCCUCUACUCCUGACACUGGAGACAGUCCACUUCCCUCACAGCUGGACAUCAGCGGCAGUGAGCACCGCCGGCUCGCCCGCUCCGCCAGCCUCCAACAGCAGCAGCCAGUGGCUGAAACAGGCUCAGAUCCCCGCGCUAACCUCAGCCAACUGCUAGCCAAACUCAUGUCCAAAAAAGGAUCCGUUCGUCGUAACUCCUCCGUGAACAGCAAAGCAAACAGUGUGAGCCAUCGGAUAAAAGAUCGGGAUUACGUCGGCUGGAUGGAUUUUGGCCGCCGGAGUGCAGAGGAAUAUGAAUACUCAUCAUAA